UUUUGAUCAUAGGCAGCUUAGAUCAGUAAAAUUUAUUAAUCAGAUGCGAAAUUUCUCGUGCUGAAAUAUCCAAAUGGCACAAUUAAGUCCGGAAUUGCAGAAGGUUGAAGAAGAUCGAAAAUUUGUUGAUAAUAACGAAUGGAUGAUCAGACCUUGUACAAUAUACGAUGUAGAAUACGCCAACUGUAAAGCAGUAAAAUCACGCUUCUAUCAAUAUUACAGAGAUGGCCAAUUUGCAGAUUGUAAUGUAUGGUACCAUAAUUACAAAGAUUGCAAACAGUACGCGAAAGACGAUUUCGCUGCUGGGGCUCGGCUAAUCAAACGCGAAAUGGAGACGUUAGAUAAUAGAAUAAAAUUACACGAAAACAAUGAUGUUUGGAAACCGCGUACUAAUCGUCCUCCUCGUAAUUGGAAUGCUCCUCUACCACCACAUCUUGAACAACAAAGAGAAGAAAGUUACUUUAUCGGCAGGGAAGAUGAUAUGAAAAAAGGUAUCGAUGCUUCUGUUGGAUCUAGAUGUACUAUUUCUUAAGGUCGCCGAUUUUCCCUCUCUGAAAUUCGCUUCUCGGUAAUAUGGAUUGUAUAUUAGUCAAUAAAUUGUUAUGUUUUUUACGAAA